AUGACAACAACGUGUGACUCAAUUCAACUUUCAAAAAUCAUUGGCGAUCUAGAAUGGCCUGAAGCUCGUCAACUUCUGCAAACUAAAUAUGAUCUAUCAAUCGAUGAAGCUGAUAAACUUUUUUGUGUUAAAUAUAUUCAUGAUAGUCGCCUAUGGAAAUCUGGUACAGAGCAGCAAAAAUUGAUGCUAGCACAAAAUCGAGGUGCAAUCUAUGAAAAAAAGCCUCCAUAUCGUUUAGUAUGUUUACCAUUUUAUAAAUUUUGGAAUUACAAUGAACCACAGGCUGCUACGAAGACAGCUCAUUGGACACAUUUUACUGAAAAAAUGGAUGGCACAUUUUUUAAAGUAUAUUAUUUCGAAAAUGAAUGGCAUGUGAGUAGCAAUAGUCGUAUUGAUAUUAAACAAUUUCGAGAAAAAUAUGCACGGUGUGGUAAAACAAAUAAACAACUAUGGCAAGAAGCCGCCAAAGAAGCUGGACUUGAUUAUUCAAAAUUGGAUAAAAGAUUUGCAUAUUUUUUCGAACGCGUUCAUCCUGAUUAUAAAAUUGUAAUACAAUAUGAUAAACCAAUGUUGUAUCAUUUGGGUACUCGUGAUAUGUUGACAUUAGAUGAACUCGAUAUUGAUAUCGGUGUAUCGAAACCACGUUCAUUUCAAUUUUUAGAUUUAAACGAAUGCUUGCAGUACGUCAAUCAAAUGCAUUUUAUGGAUGGCGAAGGCAUUGUAGCAUGUGAUGUACGAACUCAUGAUCGUAUUAAAAUUAAAAGUCGUUCGUAUUUAACAGUUCACUAUCGAACGGUUGGAGUAGAAAAUGAACAUAAACACGAACAAUUCUGCUUAAAUAUUUGGCUACAGGGUGAAAAACAAGAAUACUUAAAUUAUUUUCCACAAUAUGUGAAAGAUUAUGAUCAGAUUGAAAAACAAAUCGAGGAAUCCAUCAUACCAAGCUUAAUAAACGAAUUCACAAAACUUUACAAUAAUGAAAAAAGAAAGUUUUUUGAGAAUUUAAAUCACGAAUAUCCAUCAUCGGGAAAGCCAGAGCAAGAUAGAAAAAGACAGAUAUUGAUUAAACUAUUUCAACAAUAUGAAGAUGAACGAUGGAAUCAAUUGGUUGACGAACAAAAUUUUAUGACUGUACGAAUUAUUCUACGAGAAAGAAAUAUGGAUAAUAGAGAAAAAUUCAGUUUUGAAAAAUAUCUUCGUUCGCUAAUCUCCGUGUAA